GCCAAGCCGACCACCAGCCGCUGCGUCACAAACAGGAGAGGCAAUGAAACCAUGACGCAGGUGACGUAGCGACGUCACGUGGAAGGGAUAAGAUGGCGAGUGGACGGCUGUGGUGGCUGCUAGGUAGCAGUGAUGCUGGGCAACAGCAAAACCGGUGCAAGCCGGCGGCGGCGGCUUCUGGCGAUCGCAGUGCCGACACGCUCCCAGAGGAGGGAGGCGCCCCUCAGCCCGCACCGGAGGCUGACAGUGAGCAGAAGUGGAAUGAUUCCGAUUCACUGUGGAUGUUGUUGCUGAGUUAUCUGGAGACCGCUGUGACCGGGCACAGACCGGGAUGUAGUGUUGUCGUGUUCAUCUGCUGUAAUGCACUGUUCUGGUUUCUAGCUUUAACGCCUUGGAGGUUUUAUUCCCUUCUUGCUUUGGGCUUCCUUUGGUUGGUUGUUAUGGAAACCAUGAAAGCUUUGGUUUUGUUCGCCAUGAAUGGUUGGAGGAGAAGCAAGAUCCUGAAUGGAAGCUGCAAAGUGACUGAAAUGAAACAGGAAAACGCUCCAAAACAGUGCGUCACAGAGUCAUUGAUGAGUUGUACUAUGUUUUUUGAAGAGAUGUCUCAUUUCAAAAAGCAAAACCCUGGGAAGUUUUGUCUCCUUGUUUGCAGUCUCUGUACAUUUUGUGCAGUUAUUGGGCGCUACAUUCCUGGGGCACUGGUGUCAUAUUUUGUGCUGUUAUGUAUCCUGUUGAGGCCUUUAGUAAACUAUUGUGAUUUUGGGCAAAGUAUUUACAACAAGAUUGAACCAGUUUUGCAGCGAUUGGAUUUUGGUCUAAGGGACUAUGUACAACAUUUGCAAGCAAGAUGGCAAAUGAAGCAAAAGGAAUUAGCUGAAAGAAAGUCAGAAGAUGAGAGUGAAGUGGAUACAUCUGCUCUUUGUCCCAAGGUAAGCAGUUCAGGAGCUGGCAAAGAACUAUCUAUUUCUGACACUGAACCUUCAGAAACAUGGACAGAAAAUGGGACCUUUAACUUGUCAGAAGGUCAUACCCCACAGACAGAUGCCUCAGAUGAUCUAGAUCAUCCGAGUGAUCCUGAGGAAGCAUUCGCUAGAGAUCUUCCAGAAUUCCCUUCAGUUGAUACUAAGGGAACAGUAGAUGAUGAUGACUCGAGCAUUGGCAUCCCUACCCCACCGGUUCCCAACCUGGAACCCAGUGAAGUAAAUUCAUAUCAGGAAGGCAUCCGAACAGGAAUUGCUGUUGCUGGACUUCUCUUGAACUUGUCUAAUGAGCAGAGCUUCAACCUGGUCAGCACUAUGGCAACUGAUGUCAUUGCUACAACAGUAUCAUCUGCUGUAAAAGGCCAGUUGCAGGCCGUCGAACCCAACCUGACCAUGCCCCCACAGCUGAACUCAAGUGAAGACACUGACGCUGAUGAGGCCGAUGACUUUGAAUUGCUUGACGAGUCUGAGUUGGAGCAAAUUGAGAACGAAUUAGGACUGGAUCAGGGCCAAACAGCGAAUCAACAAGCCAAAGACGGCAAGUCAGGUUUUCUGGCAAACUUAUUGGGAGGUCAUUAAGCCUAUUUUCAGGGUUGGAGAAUAAACGUACAAACCACAUGUGAACAACAAAACAAACAGAAGCCACAAGCUUAUUUACUACUGUUGUUCCCAAAACAACAGCCAAACCUCAUUAAUAUGAUCUGGUGAAUAUUAAACUAAGUGCAGCAAUGAAAGAAUGAGAGAAGUGAAAUAGAGCUGCACAGUUAUCAUCAUUUAAUAACCUAGUUAUUGAAGGAACUGAUUUGAUUUGUGUUAUUUGGUAUAAUGGGCCACCUAUUUUGUGUGUGUUGUCUGACUAUAAUCUUUAUGCCUUGAAAUAACAGCAUGGAAACUAAUCCUGUCUUGUUAAUCUGAAUUGUUAACAAAUAGCUUUAAACGUAUUUUAAUUGACAUGUACUUCCAAAUCUGACAGUCAGAUGUCAAACAUUUUGCUUUAACAUUUUUGUCCUGUGCGCAGAAACUGCCAAGCGGUAAUCACUUUCUGACCGAGCUUUGCAGCUAAUUGACAGCUGAAGAAGCAGAGUACUUUUCAAAAAAUAUGCUGGAAAAUCUAGUCUUCUUUGAUGCCUCUUGUGGAAUGUACAAAGAAAGUUGGGUAGGCAUAUUUCACAGAUGAGGAUAUUAAUCCUUGCUUGUAUUUUUAAAGUAACUAAAAGCAGUCUUUAGAGCACUUCCUGCCUUAUUGAAUUGCAGAUGGAACUGUGCAAAGAAGCAGAUUAAAACUUAGUUCACAUCACAUUAUCAAUUCAAUUUGAUCUUUUUUUAUUUUGAUUUAUAUUUUUAAAAUUAUUUUGUUUAUACACAUCACAUGGAUUCAUCUGUUAAUGGUCUGACUUUGGAACAAAAUUUACACUUUAGAGAUCAUCAUGGCAUGGAAACAGAGCCUUCAAUCCAACUUGUUCAUGCAAAUCAGAUAUUCUAAAUUAAUCUAGUCCUGAUAAACAUAGUCUGCCGAUUCUUAAACAACAAACUCAAACAAGUAGACCCUACACUCCCAAAAUCUCUAGAAACUCUCCCCUACAUCAAAGAUAUCUGGGAGAUAACAACCAGACUUCUCUGACCCCUUGGCAUCACACUGAAACAGCUACUGAUGAACAUAAAGCAUCCUGUACCAACAGCCAGUAAAAUGAUUGUCAUUUACAAAAUACCUUACAAAGCCUGUAACAAGCAAUACAUUGGACAGAUAGAAAACUACCCAACAGGAUACACAGACACCACCUAGCCAUCGAAAGACAUGACCCCAUUAUCUUUAUAUGUCAGCAAUAGAUAUUUCCAUCAUUAAACCGGUAACACCAUGUUUUAAAGAAGUGAGGAGCGGACACUUUAAAUCUCAUAUGCCACUUGAGUGACGUGAGCACAUAUAGCAUAACAAUUCACUGCAGUAUUAAAGAUGCCUGUUCCCAGUCUUUUGAAUCAGGUGCUAAAAGGACACCACAUCUGCCUUUCCAAGUGUACAAUAUGUGAGGAAGAGUAGGAGAGGUAUUCUGAUAGCCAUGAAUUCAAACACCACUGAUAUAGAAGAUUGGACAAAAUAUCAUUGUCAUCUGUGGAACCUGCUGUGUUCGAAUUGGUGGGUGAACUUUCCAAAAGGUAAUAAAAGUAACAAAUAAAAACAUUUUGGGUUUUGCUGGGGAUGAACAGUACUUGAGUUAAAUUUUUUUUUUCAAAACAACCUGAUUUCUGGGUUAAAAUAUUUUCAGAAUUGCAACCCAGCUCAAGUGGUUAUUUGUAACUUUGACUCUACAAAAUUAUAUUGUGAUCCUUUCACUAGCUUUGCAAGUGGUCUUUGGUAAC